CUUUGGAGAAGAAGAAGAAAGUCUGCUCUGACUCAGAAGCCUCAGAGUCCUCCUCCAGUGCAUCCAGUUCAUCAGAGUCUUCAUCUGAAAGUGAAGCUGAGAAUGAAAGAAGCAGAAGGAGAAAGCGUAAGAGAAGAGCUAAAACCAAACAGUCAAGAAAACGAAGGAAGGAGGAGAGGAAGAAGGAGGAUCCAAGGUGCAAGAGAACCUCAAGCCAAAGACGCCUCUCUGACAGGAGUGACACAACAGACAGAGCAGUGGAUGUUAGCACAAAGAGGGACAAACCUGUGGUACGUCCUGAAGAAAUUCCCCCAGUGCCUGAAAAUAGAUUUUUGCUCAGAAGAGAUGUGCCUGUUGUCAGUGUAGAGCCUGAACCGAACCUUCUUGAUGCUGCACCAGUUGUGACUGACCAGAAACCAUCAGUCUCUAAAUCUGGACGAAAAAUUAAAGGAAGAGGCACAAUAAGAUACCACACCCCACCGCGAUCCCGAUCGUGUUCCGAAUCCGACGAUGAUGAGAGCAGCGAGACUCCUCCUCACUGGAAAGAGGAGAUGCAGAGGUUGAGGACAUACCGACCACCCAGUGGGGAAAAGUGGAGUAAAGGAGAUAAGUUGAGUGACCCAUGUACAAGCAGAUGGGAUGAAAGAAGUGCAUCCCGGAGAUCCAGGUCUUGGUCACAUAACGGUUAUGCUGAUCUGGGUACUGCAAGGUACUCCAGCCGUCACAAGAAGCACAGAAAGGAGAAAAAGAAGGUGAAGCAUAAAAAGAAAUCUAAAAAGCAGAAGCAUUUCAAGAAGCACAAGCAGACGAAGAAAAAGAAAACAUCAGUGUCGUCGGAUGUAGAAUCUUCUCAUUCCUUUCACAGGAGGAGAAAAUCAUCUUGUGAUCGGGAGAGGAAAUCUCGUUCUUCUUCGUUGUCUUCUAGGCGUUCAUCCAGAAGAGACUGGUCUAAAUCUGACAAGGAAGACCAAAGCUCAUCAUCUUUAUCAAGCAGAGGGUCUCGGUCAUACUACAGGUCCAGAUCUAGAUCUAGGUCUAAAUCAAGAUCUUACUCCCGAAGAAGUUCUAGGUCAAGAUCACCCUCUAAAUCAUCGCGUUCUCGAAGCAGGUCCAGGUCAAGCUCCAACCCUAGGCAGCAAAAGACUGUUCCCAAUUCCCCACGAAGUACUUCAACAAGAUUAAAUGACAGUAAGUUGACAAAGACUGCUGAGCCUGUCCGAGCAGUUAUCCUGCCGUGUGACAAAGUUGUCGUACCACCGGUUGUCCCAGAGAGCCUCCCUGUUAUACCCUUAAGUGACAGUCCACCUCCUUCCAGGUGGAAACCUGGGCAGAAGCCGUGGAAGCCAUCAUAUGAGCGAAUUCAGGAAAUGAAAGCUAAAACAUCCCAUCUAAUUCCCACCCAAACUAAUUACAGCUUAGUGGUUGUUAAAGAGACCAACACCUCUUCGUCAUAUCGUAAGCGGGAAAGGAGUUCAGAGAGUGACCGGAGCUGUUAUUCCAAAGGCCGUAGCGACAGGAGCUCGGAGAGUUGGCCAAGAUCAAGGAGCAGGUCCUCUCGCAGUCGGUCCUACUCAAGGUCUUACACAAGAUCGAGAAGUCCAUCAAGCUCCAGGACAAAAUCCCAUUCUUCUGGCAGAUCACCAUCACCAGGUAAAUACCACAGUGACAGGUCAGGGUAUAGUGAGUCAACAUCAUCUUACUCCCUCAGCGAUGAUGAUAGGCAUAGGAACAAAAGAAAAUCCACAUCCAGUGAUCCCAAAGUUCGAGGCCUCAAACUGAGGCAGGAAACAAGCUCUGAAAGUACUUUGCCUUGUAAGCAUCCCAAAGACUACGAUGAGUCUUCUCAAGGAUUGAAAGAGAGUGACAGCUUGUCAUCUUCAGACUUCUCCACAGACAGUGAGCGCUCUGCCAGAGCCAAGGCAGGCCGAGGAAAAGAAAGUCGUUUUCCAGCAGAUGGAGGUACUCAGAAACAGGAUAAAAAUAGCUUGAGUUCUGAGAGAAGGGAGGAGAAAUCCAGGGGUGAGCGUGAUUCUGACCAUGCCAAGAGGAAAUCAGGGAAGGAGAAAUCUUCAGAGCAACCUAGAGGUGGUGCAAAAACUAAACGAAAAUCCUACUCAGGGAGUAAAUGGGACUCAGAGUCGAAUUCUGAAAGAGGAGAGGUGAGGCGCAGCAGGGGGGAUUCCAGACCCUCCUCUAGUAAGGAAGAAGGAGAGGCCACGUCAGGGUCUGAUGCAGAGUUUAGUGUUCCCAAAAGGAUUAAAAAACAAUCCAAUUCCUCAGAAGGCUUUUUGGAUUCUGAUUGUACGUGGAAGACAAGCAAACAGUUGUCAUCAUCUGAAUCUGAGAGUUCCUGUUCGAGCUCAGCAAACAUUCGAGGCAAGUCAAAGAAACACAAACAUGGGUUGAAAAAGGCUCUUAAAAAAUCUCAUUCAAAAAAAGCAAAAGAGAAAUCAAAAGGGAAAAAGGAGAAAAAGCACAAAGUCCAGAAAAGAAAAGAACUGUUUCACUGGCAGCCACCCUUGGAGUUUGGUGAAGAGGAGGAUGAUGAGAUAAAUGAAAAGCCGGUUACCAAGGAUGAUAAAAAAGAAAAGCAGCUUAGCAGGGACAUACAGGAUAAAAAACAAGUUUAUGAAAAGGCUGAAAUAGUCACAGAUAAAGUGGGAAAUGGUGACAAGUCUUCUGUAGAUGAAAACCUCUUAGAUAAAAACACCACAUGUGGGGCCUCCCCAGAUCGCAGCAGCCUUAAAGAGAGCAGUGGAACAAGUACUUCCACCAGUGUUUUAAACUCAGGAAUAAUUGUGGCUGUCUGCAAGAAUGAGGUGAAUCAAGCUGAAGAAAGUAAUCAGAACGGAUUGGAAGAUGUUAUUCAGACAGAUGACAACAUGGAGAUCUGUACUCCAGAUCGUAACUCACCGGGGAAGGUCGAUGUGGACAUUUUGUCUCCUGUUAUUUUCACUGCUAAACCUCAGGCUCUAAGUGCUGAGAUAAAAAAAGAGCUCCAGGUUGAACCCUCUGAGCAAGAUGCUGUCAAACUAGGAAACAACAUUAUAGACUUAAUUAAUAUCAAAGAUGAAAAAGAAACAGGAAGGCAAGAAAAUAACUCUGUCCCUAUGUCCAGUGCUGAGGACUGUGGUGUCAAAAGUCAAAUUACUGAAAAUACGCUAAGCAAUAUGAUAGACAAUAAAUGGAAACCCUUGCAAGGAGUUGGUAACUUACAGCCAGCCACAAUUAGUACAGCCACAGAGGUUAAGAGUGUAGCAGCAGCACCAGAGCCUAAACCAGCAGGUUUAAGAAUUGAAAUUAAAGCUAAGAAUAAAGUAAGGCCUGGAUCUCUCUUCGAUGAAGUUAGGAAAACAGCUCGGCUGAACCGGCGGCCAAGGAACCAGGAAAGCUCCAGUGAGGAAGAAUCUCCAAGCAGAGAUGACAAUAGCCCAUCCAGGAGUCUCAGCAGGUCACGGAGUAAAUCUGAGUCUAAAUCCAGACACAGAACAAGGUCCUUAUCUUACAGUCACUCAAGAAGUCGAUCCCGAAGUUCUACGUACUCAUACAGGUCUAGAAGCUACUCCAGAAGCCGAAGCAGAGGUUGGUACAGUAGAGAUCGGUCAAGAAGUCGAAGUAGUUCUUACCACAGUUACAAGAGUCGUAGUCGAAGCUAUAGUAGAAGUCGAUCCAGAAGUAGUUCUUAUGGUCAUCACAGUCGAUCCAGUAGGUCCUACACAUAUGAUAGCUACUACAGCAGGAGUCGGAGUAGGAGUAAAAGGAGUGACAGCUAUCGGAGGUCCAGGAGCUACGAUCGGAGAUCCAGAUCUUAUGGCUCUGACAGCGAAAGCGAUCGCAGUUACUCCAACAACCGAAGUCCCAGUGAGAGCAGCAGAUACAGCUGA